CUGAAUGAGCCGCACAGCAAUGGGGAUCACUAUGGACCGGGGCUCAGACAUCUCUCAACAACGCGUUUGACAGAGACAGAGAGAGGGAAAGAGAGAAAAGCAACCCAGCCUGUUUUUAUUUUAUUUUUUUAUGAUUGUUAUUUAUUUUUAAAAACUGACAAUAUUUGGGACGCAACUGGUAACCGUUAUAGGAUAACAACAAACGCCUGCUUUAAAUUUGCAUCUUUGAUUCGGAAACCAAGGGGAGCCUGUGUUUAGGGAUUACCGCACACUCUUUCUGAAGACGGAUUACCUUGUCACACUGAGAGCAGGAACAAGGAACUCGGAGGUCUCUUCAGCAGCUCAUCACCACAACAUGUGCUGUCAAUGAUUAGCCCACCCCGGCUCUAGUCUCUACCACGGCUGGGACCAUGCUGUUCUAAAAGUGGAUUCUCGGCAACCAUGAAAGGGUUAGGAGCCAACCGCAGCCGCCACCUGUCCGACAGCUGCGAUCCGUCCGCGGGCCACCAGGAACCCAUGUACCCCUCGUCAGCGGACCCUCGCAGCCCCUACCUGCUGAGCCCGAACAUGGACCACUAUGGGGGAUUCGACCCCUCGCACCACUUCCCCCCUCCCACCCCAAACUCCCUGACAUCCGACUACCUGCUGCCUCUCAACAACCAGCUCUCCAACAGCAGCACCUUCCCACGGAUCCACUACAACUCCCACUUUGACACUCGGCAGCCAGACCUGACCCCGGGAGGAGGAAGCAUCGGAGGCAUCAGCACCGGCACCACCCUGGGCACCUCCAUGUCUAUGGGCAUGGCCGGGAGAGGCAUGACCGGGAGAGGCAUGAUCACCAGCGGCUCGGCGACCAUCUCAGCGGGCAGCAAGAUGAACCGGCUGCCACCCAACCUGCUGGACCAGUUUGAGAAGCAGCUUCCCAUCCACCGGGAUGGCUUCAGCACGCUGCAAUUCCACCGUGGAGCGGCUUCCAAGCAGCGCAGCGACAGCCCGGGACGCAUCCGCUACCUGGUGAACUCUGUCCAAAAGCUGUUCGCCAAGUCUCAGUCCUUGGAAGGCUCCGCCAAGGGCAGCCUCAACGGGCGCUUCUCCAACAGCAGUGGCAGCGAGGACCCCAAACACAACCGGCGCAGCAAGAGCAAGGACCGGGCCAAGACGGAGAGCAGCAAGCAGCGCGUGCGCUCCAACAUAUCAGGCUUCUGGAGCUCCGACGAUAACCUCGACGGGGACGCCAGCAGCUACCGCCACCCCACGGCCCCUAUGACUCUCGGCAGAUGCCAGCCGGACCACCAGGGGUCGUCCAAGUACUUCAUGCACGCUUACAACACCAUCAGCGAGCAUACGCUCAAGACCUCCAAGAGCAGCAACGACCUCAAGUUCCAAGCCUGCCCUACCCUGCCGGGGCCUGGAGGAGGUGGAGGUGGGGGAGUGGAGGACAGCAGGCAUGUGAAGCGUGGCUCGUGGUCCACACUCACACUCAGCCAGGCACAGCAGGUCUGCCAAAAGGGCUCGGCCACCAUCGACAGAGCUAUGCUCAAGUCCAAGUCCUGUCAUCAAGACCUGGCCUGUCAAUACCUGCAGCUGGUGUCCCCACAGGUGCCUGCGGGGGAGUGGAACAGCACACUAUCGCGGGACCGGACUGGUGGCUCCAGCCAGAUCCCGUGUCGACGGAUGCGCAGCGGCAGCUAUAUCAAGGCAAUGGCGGACGAGGACAGUGAGGACUCUGAGGGGAGCCCCAAGCCCUCCCCAAAAACAGCUGCCCGGAGACAGAGCUAUCUGAAAGCUACACAGCAGUCCCUGAGCGAGCAGCUCCCCCCACGCAAAUCCCUGGGCAGCAUGUCCUUACAAGGGGAUAUCGAGGUGCUGUGGUCACCCCAACAGAGCGGGCUCUCGCUCUACAGCAGCUGUCUCCCUUCUCUGAGGGAGAUGUCGAACAAUCGCAGCCUGGAUAACCUGGACUGUAUCGGGGUCCCGUCAGGUUCCACCUACCAGUGCUGGGAAGAUGAGGACUUCAGCCAGGCCAGCAACACUUUGGGCAAGAACAGCUGCAUUAGCCAGAGCUGCAUCAGCCAGGUGCAGGAGCUGGAGGUCCACAGUCAGUACGAAGAAAUGUGCGAGUCAGUCUUCAGUGAAAUGGACUCCCAGGCAGUGGAGGCCCUGGAUUUGCCCCUGCCCACCUGCUUUCGAUCCCGGAGCCACAGCUACCUCCGCGCCAUCCAGGCAGGCUGCUCCCAGGAUGAUGACAUGACCUCCAUCAGCUCCGAGUCGCCCCCGCCCAUCUCCACCGUCCGCACCUUCAGCACCAGCACCAGCUCCACAUGUAUAACGACCUAUAAGAAGACGCCCCCUCCCGUGCCCCCUCGCGCCACCUCCAAACCUUUCAUCUCGGUGACAGUGCAGAGCAGUACCGAGUCAGCCCAGGACAUCUACCUGGACAACCAGGACCGCAAGAGCGAGGCCAACAGCCAAUCAGGGCUCAGCAACUCGUCUGACAGCCUCGACAGCACACGGGCCAACAGCCUGGCUAAGGGCAGGCAGGCCACUCCCCCUGUCGCCACCCCCCGAGAGGUCCCGCCCCACAACAACCCCGCCCUCGCAGCCCCCAGAGACACCCAGUAUGACACCCUAAAAACUGACAAGGGGACCCUGACCAUUGAGGAGCCCAGAGCUGAGCUUGUUCCCAAGAGGAAGCUCUCCUCCAUCGGCAUACAGGUGGACUACAUUCAGCAAGUCCAGAGAGAGGAACUCCCGCCCUUAACCAGGUUCCAGUCAAUCGGAGUGCAGGUGGAAGACAGCUGGCAGCUAAGCCGCUCCAGCAGCAUGACAUCCAAGCAGGAGGCAGACUCUGACAUGCAGAACCUCAGCAAUUCCAAGCCCUCUGACAAAGGGACGGGCACCAACAGCCAAUCGGUGGAGUGUUCCACGCAUCCCCAAGGCAACGGCGAGGGAGGGGGUGGGGCUGGGACCACGCGGCAGCUGUCCAAUUGUAUGGCCACGCGGAGCAGCAGCUCCUCCUUCUCGGAGAGUCUGGACCCCGCCCUAGACCCCUCGUCCCUGCCUCCGCCGGACCCCUGGCUGGAGACGGUGAGCAGCGGCGCCCCCUGCGGGCCGGCUCAGCCUGGCGCACCCGCCUGCCGCCGAGACGGCUACUGGUUCCUCAAGCUGCUGCAGGCAGAGGCCGAGCGCAUGGAGGGGUGGUGCCAGCAGAUGGACCAGGAGACUAAAGAGAACCAGCUCUCCGAGGAAGUCCUGGGGAAGAUCCGCAGCGCAGUGGGCAGUGCACAGCUUCUCAUAUCGAAGAAAUUCCAGCAGUUCAGAGGGCUGUGUGAACAAAACAUGAAUGUGAACGCAAACCCGCGGCCCACCGCACAGGACCUGGCCGGUUUCUGGGACCUGCUCCAGCUCUCCAUCGAGGACAUCAGCAUGAAGUUCGACGAGCUCUACCACCUGAAGACCAACGACUGGCAGCUUGUCGAGUCGCCGGACAGGAAGGAAGGGAAGAAGCAGCCCCCCCCAGUGCCAAAGAAACCCUCCAAGCCGAAGCCAGCAGCUAGCCGGGAGAAGGGAGACUCGUCGGCGGACAAGCAGAGGCAGGAGGCUCGCAAGCGGCUGAUGGCAGCCAAGCGGGCGGCAUCCGUGCGGCAGAACUCUGCUACGGAGAGCGCCGACAGCAUCGAGAUCUACGUUCCCGAGGCACAGACCCGUCUCUGAGCCCCGCCCCUGCAACGCGAACCCACCAACGAGCCAGCGAUCGGCUACCGAUGGAACCGAGGGGGAGGCUGGACCUCGUGGCAGCAAAAAAAAUAAAUAAUAAUAAUUAUAUAUAGAGGACAUUUAAAAACAGAUUGUGGCUCUCCUGUCAUGAAGCUGCCAUGAAAACCUCAACAGACUUCAUUAUUAUAUCUGCUAAACUAAACUAUGAUAUCGAACUGUCUUAAUGUUAUAAUAUCUCGGAUAAGAGUUCUUCUACUGCUCAGACUUAUGAAUCAAUGCACCCCCCCACCCUUUGCACGUCUGUACCUGUCGACCCCGCUCCCUCACCACACACUCCUCCACCACUAACCACAGUCCCCUCCAGGUCUUCCCAUUACUUCGUGUUUCCGCUGACAGUCUUUACGCACACACUCUGCCAACCUGCAAACCCGGAUCAGGUAGGUUUUAGGUUUUUUAAAGCGUUUAGGUUUUUUUUUGAGUGGAACGGAAAGAGGUCAGGAACAGCAGAAAUGUACAAGAUCAGGACUCGGGUCUGAAUUCAUCACAGUGGAAUCAUCACUCCGCCUUUUUUUAGUUUUUAUUUUUUUUACCAGUUGUUCUUUGUGUCUCGUGAGUACCCGCGACUGCCUCCCCAUCCGUCACCACAUUGCGUACAAAGGCGGUGUGCUGUCCUGUAUUUACUUUGUUCUGUAGUUUAUCCACACUCACUCACACACACACUUAACCGUCUCAAAUCUAAAUAUAGUGAGAUGGAAUGCAAAAGGCCAGUGCUGGAGUGUUUAGUCCAGCAUGUUUUUUUUUUUUUUUAUUCUGCAGAGGCAUGAGCUUAGGUCUAGCAUGACCUUCGCUUGGUGCGCCUGGUUUUUAUUAUUGUGUUAUGGGCCAUAGCCAGUUAUGUAUACAGAAUGCGCUGUACGUGUGUUUUGUAACGUAUAGAAAACGCAUUUUCUAUGCAUGUGUGGCUCUCUGUCAUAUUACCAGACCUGCUCUUUUCAUGCCCCCCCCGGGUCAUAAAUUUCAAUUUGGCAAGAAUGGAAUUUUUGCUGUAGUGUAGAGUGAAUAAUGGUUAUUACAAAUGUGCUAAAUUACUGUGGGGAGGGAAAAAAAAAACAGCUUUGACAAGAGGAGAUUUGGUACACGUGUCUGAGAGAGGUGGUCAUCAAUACAUGCAGUCAAGUCAAAGGACAUUUGUCUAUUUGAAGAUUAUCCUUGCCUGGCAGGUUUCGUAUGGUUCUUUGAUUUCCGGGAUUUCUUUUUCCCUGGCUGUAUUAAUAGAAACCGUAUUAAACAUCCUGGAACAAACUGCAGCGCAGUCAUGAGGCACAAACUCGCUGUGCAAUGCUAGACUCCAUUUGUGCUCUUCAUGAGUGUGUAUGUGGGCUGAGAAAUACACUGUUUAAUUAGACCGCUGCUUUAAGAGUAAACGUUUUAAAUAUACAAUGUGAAUGUCUGUACAUACAAUAUUUAAAAUGUUCCCGUUUUCAAACCUGCACCAGAGGAAAUCCUUAGGAAAUAUACAAGACUUUGCCAGCCAGGAAUAACCUUCAAAGACUAAGACACUCCUGUCUGUGUGUGAGUUUGCAUACUGUAUGCUGUUGGUAUUUUUAAUAAAUGUGUCAUGUGACCACUAGUCAAGCCUAGCUGGAGUUUCCUGUGGAGAUUGCUCCCCCUGCUGACUAUCCAUCAGCACUGUGCUUGAACCUCCCUGUUCUGUGCUGAAAUUCUCAGUAAAGGGGAAACGCUAUAGGCUUUUUAACCCUUGUAAUGCAUGGCGACCUCGUAUAUGGAUGGAUAAAACAUUUUUUAAAAUUCUAGUCUUUUAUAUGGGAGACGCAAAUGCUUUGAGGAUGACAUUUUUUGCCCAUAUAAAGCUAAAUAUUGUGUCCAAAACUUUUUUUUUUUGCCAUUUUCACUGUCAUGCAUGAGAGGGUUAAUAAGCUUUUUUUUUUUUUUUUUUUUAGUGACUUUUAGUUUGCUAAGUAAGUUGUUUGAAAAUAUAACAAAGGUCACACUGAAGUUUUCUGCUUCAGUAUUGCAAGUUGUUUUUUUUCUGAAGGCCUACAGCGUGGGAGCUGUAUUCAUUGUAUUUAACUGACCGAUGAGACCGUUUUGGAAAGUCCUACAUGGACCGUGAUUAGCACUAGUCUUGGAUUACCGUGCAGUCUUGUUCCUUGUAAGACAUGUUGUUCAUUUCAUUGGUUUUUUUUUUUUUCUUUUGUGUUUUUAAUAAGAAGCCAUCUGUUUUAUUAUUUUGAGAAAUAAGCCUCAGAAUUGGCAUAUGUUAUAUUCACCUCUGCUGGUAUGAUAGUUGACAGCUUUUUUUUUUUUUUUUUUUAAUGAAGGACUGAAAGAAUCAACAGCAGCCACCCCCCCUCCCCCAGACAGAGUGGCAGCAGCAGCUUCAAAGAGCUGCUGGAAGUCAUUACUGAGGCGUUCAGCACAGUGCAUGGGAGGCUUUUUGAUGUAUCAUUCCUGUUGGUUUCUUACUAUGGGUAGUCUUUGUGAUGUUUAAAUGAGACAGAAUGUAUACUCCUGUGGAAACCCAGCAGCUUUAGCUUGAAGCAGAAGGAGAGGUGUUGAACCCUCUCAGAACAGCUUUUUGCUCCAACCAGAUCCUAAUAUAACCAGACCCAUGAACCAAGACGACUAUAACCCACUGCCGUGAGCACUGGAGAUCAAUCCAGUGCCAGUGUUUAAUUGUUCAGUUCUACCACGAAACAUGACUCCUGGAGUGUGUUUAGCAGUCUGGAGUGCACACAGCCGCUAGUACAGCCUCAGUGGCUUGUGUGCACUGGAAAACAAUGCAGAUUUAAACAACACAAUGUGUGAACAUUGGGACAACAAAAAUAUGAACUGGAUUAGCCCCUAGGAUAUGAAUUGAUAAAGUACUGUAAAGCAGUGCACAGUUAUAAGUGCACAGGACCUGGUUGGAACAAAACCCUAAGUUGGCCUCUGGGAGGUUUUACAUGUUGGUUCUCUGCUUUAUUAUGCAGUGAAGGCCGUAUUCCAGCUUCCAUUCAAACAGUAGGGAGGAGGUUGUCUGUGUGUUGUAUAUGUCCGCCUGUGAAUUAAAGGGUUAAAUGAAUAGCCAACCCAGAGUACUUGUGAAGUCGGCUGAAGAAACAAAACAAACGGUAUUCUAAUGUGGAAGCUGUGACGUUGCUGGGUUUAGUUUCAAAUCUGCUGGAGGAAUAGGGAUAGACAGACCUGGAUUGAGGUGCAUUGCAUGUUUUACAGGGAGUGGCUCCCAUCCUGCUCCACUCGCCACUUCAUCAGAACAACAUUACACAGAUGUCAUGCUGCAGCUCCUGCAUCUGUUCACAUUGAAGGAAACUCCACUGAUUUUAUUGCAGCACUGAACAACACUUUAAACACAGUUCAGAAGGGACCAGAAGUAUUAACCCCGAUACCAACUGAUAAUACCAUGUCCUUCAAAAAAACAAUGCAACUUUUUUCAGCUGGUGGACUGUCUGUAUUUUGACUUUUCCAUUCCCUUCCGGUGUCCGGUUGGUAUUUGUUUUCAGUGUAUUGUUCCCACUAUACUUGAACAAGCUGGUACGACACCCCUGCCUCUUGGUCUCACUGUGCAGGAAGGGGUAAGCGCCACACAUACACUGACAGAGAACUCCAGCCUGGUCUCUCCUGACUGCUUCAGAACAAAGCACUUGUAUUUAAUUAUAAUGCGUGAACUGCAAGGGGGGAUGGGAUAGUAUAUAGACUGUUGCACUGAAGAAACGAAUCCCAGGCUUAAUCAAAUAGCAGUCAUUGGCUCCCUCACAAGUGCCUGUGUGACAGGUAUUUUUAUUGCAUAGUGAACUACCCUGCAGCAUGUCAACACAUUUUAAAUCAUUAUUUAUCACACUAGAGAGGAACAACAGAGCCGUCUAGUGGCUAUAAGUGUAGCAGUCAAUGUAUUUAUUGCUUAAUGCAGGAGUGCUUGCUUUUUUAUGUUCCUGAACUCCUGCCUGCCUUUCCUAAAUGGUUGCUUUGAUUCCACGCCAGUCAGGAGAGCGCUGCGCUGGGCGUGUCAGAGUGCGAGUGUAAAUGUUCAAGUAAAGGGGCUGACAGGUGGCAGCUUGGCUGUCUGUGCAGGACGGGGAUUGGGAUUGAGACUGGGGAGGGAAUCCCUUCAUUUAAAUGUAAAACAGCACAGACUUUAAACUGGAGGUUAGCUUUUAAAGUGAUGCAGAACUUUGUUUUUUUUUUUUAUAAUAAACUCAGUAGUUUAAAAUCAAACUGCUUGCAGUGAAUAUUUAUAUGUUGCAGUCUGGAAAUAACAAUCAGGACAGUCAAGGUGUGGUGUUUAUUUGUUUAUUUAUUUAUGUAUUUAUUUAUUUUUAUUGGUUUCCCCCGCUAUGGUGACCUUGAUAUAUGAAUAUCCACUAACAUCCAAGUUAUUUUUUUUUUUUUUUUUUUUUUUUUUUAAUGGAACUACAACAAGAAAACAGAUUGCACAAUGGAGCAACACAAAACUGGUGUGUUUUUUUAAAAAAGGUUCUGUGGCACUUUAACUUUCAGUUUAUGGACGAGUGACCUAUCUAUUUGAGGUAGUGCUCCAGUCUGGGUUGAAACUGAAAUCAUAAACUGACCUCUUUAGUAAGAACCUGAACCGGGUCUGUCCAGGUUCUAAUAAUACAAUACCAAACCACAUAAAAAGCAGCCAUUUGACUUGCACAGGUAUCUUUUCUGUCGUGUGUGUUGAAUUUUAAAGUGUGUAUUUCAUAGCGAGAAGUCUACAUUUAGUUGUUUUGUCACAAUAGAAUCUUAUGAAGUGAGUUGUCGGGGAGUUUGUUGCCACGGUGCCUGUAGUCAUGUAUUGUAUACAAGAGGGCUGAAUGAAUGUAUAUGCCAUUUUUUUUUUAUCAUACAUUGUGCGCUGUUAUAAACCCUGUUCCGUUUCCUUUUGUAUGAGGGAUAUUAAUGAACAAGCUCAGAGUUCUUACUAAAGAGGUUCAGUAAAGGAGGGAAAGUUUUCACUAUUCCUUGUUGUGGAUUUGUGGUCAUAUUGGGGCCAUACAUUGGCUAAGGGGCGUGGUAUGUAGCUUUUAAGUGACCUAUCUGGACCUUCACUGGAAUGAGACCCACAGGUCACAGUUUGGUAGCCCAGCUUGCAUGGAAAUCUAUUCUGCCAGCCAGUCUGCCAUCCUGUCAUAUCUGCUUCAGAAUGCCUGUGUCCGACUUACCUGAUCCUUCUGCACUCCCGCCUGUAAACCAGAGCAAUAGAAAAUGAUGCGCUCCCUUUUCUUACGUUCCUUCAUUUAUUUCUUCUUCUUCUCAGUUCGAGUUGUCAGUGAUGUGCAGCGAGUAAAUUAACACUCUUGCUGCAAAGAGUUAGUAGCAAAAAAAUUCUAAAUAAUCAGAAUUUUACAAAACGAGCACAUUUUAUUGACUAAGGUUUGUUCAGUAUCUCUAAUGCUAUCCUAGUUAGACUGUUUAUCAUGUUUUUUUUGUUUUGUUUGUUUUUUUUG